GAUAUGAUGCUUCAGCUGUUUCGGGGACUGGAUUUUCUGCAUUCACAUCGCGUGGUGCAUCGGGACCUGAAACCCCAAAAUAUUCUUGUAACCAGCAACGGGCAGAUAAAGUUAGCUGACUUUGGCCUUGCACGAAUCUACAGUUUUCAGAUGGCUCUUACCUCAGUGGUUGUUACUUUGUGGUAUAGAGCUCCUGAAGUUUUGCUUCAGUCCAGCUAUGCAACACCAGUUGAUCUUUGGAGUGUUGGCUGCAUAUUUGCAGAAAUGUUCCGCCGAAAACCACUCUUCCGUGGAAACUCAGAUGUUGAUCAGCUAGGAAAAAUCUUUGAUGUGAUUGGACUUCCAGAAGAAGAGGACUGGCCUAAUGAUGUUGCCCUUCCAAGAAAUGCUUUCACUUCCAGACCUGCACAACCCAUUGAAAAGUUUGUACCAGAUAUCGAUGAACUGGGCAAAGACUUGCUUCUGAAAUGCUUAGCGUUCAAUCCAGCCAAGAGAAUAUCUGCCUAUGUUGCCCUCUCUCACCCAUAUUUCCAUGAUCUGGAGAAAUGCAAGGAGAAUCUGGACUCUCACAUGUCAUCCAGCCAGAACUCCAGUGAGGUGAACGCAUCCUAAUGCUGACUGAAGACGAACCACACAUGAACAAGACGUGUAGCUGACAAGGCCACUGUCCCCUCCAAACCACAUAGCUGUUCUAGCGAAGAUCAUUAUCUGGAGGUUUUAUGCACUUUUCUUUCAUUCUGGGAUUAUGACGUGCUUGUCCAAGAAAAUCAAUCUAGUUUACUUUCAUCAGAGCAAGGGCUUUGACCUGCUCCCAUUGCAGCUUUGUGUUUGUUUUGGUUCUGUUUUGUUUAUCUACCUGGGAAGACUCCAGACGAAGAGAAGCUGCUGCUGACCAGUUUUGCUGCCAUUUUGUCCUUUUCACAUUGAACGCUGCCAGUGUGGAGUAGGAUGAUCAAGGCGCCGCCAAAACAUGAUGCAAUCUCUCUCUCUAGCUGCUGAAGCAUGAUUUGGUACUUUUUUAUUAUUAUUAUUAUUAUGGGAUCUCUUACAAUGAUAUUUAAAGAAUGGCAUUGAAAUAUCAGGUCUUUGCAACCUGCAGUUAACUGAUACAUGCAUUAAUACAUCCAGCUACUGUUCAGUCACAGCAUAUAUGCAGCUGCUUCCCCACUUGUAAACCUGGGUGGAUUAUUUUAUCGUUUCAUUGGUCUAUAAAAAUAACAGUGAUGAUGGUGAUUGUAAUAAAAG